GUAGUCACGUUCAGAUCGUUGCCCGAGCUGCUAUUCACCUACCUACUUAGCAAUUAAUUUUAAAGUUGUUAUCUGUUAUUACAAGCGUUACAAGCAGCUAAAAUAGACUUUAGUCGCUAUUAUACAUUGCUUUGUUGUAGCUCAGUCUAAAACCUAGUCAUUGGAAUUGUUUUUAUUUAAAUAUUUAAUGCGUGACGUGUGAAACUGAAAACGAGAUCGAGGAAUGAGUGACGAAAAAAUGGCCGACGCUGAAGCAAUUGUCCACGAUACUGUUAACUUUAUCGAAGAAUUGCACAGUAGAUACAUGUUCCAUGUUCUGCUUUUGAUUUUUAAAUACCUUGACGAUGAAAGUUUAAAUAAUGCAGAACUUACAUGCAAAGCUUGGAAAGAAGCCAUUAGUGAUUCACAUCCCUCUAAACUCUGGAAUAUGCUAUUUCAACAGAAGAUUGCUAGUUCCCCCGUUUUUAAAAGAAUUCAUUUCAAUUUGGACCAAGAUUCGAGCAAUCAGUUGUGCAGGCGCAAACUAUUAAGCAGAAAUCAGUGUGCUAUUAAGGCUCUACAGAAAAAUUGGCUGCUUGGAGAUUUUGCAAGAGAAUUUGCAUCCCAUUCUAUAAUUGAUGAUCAAGGAAUAAUUGGAAAUGAAGCAUUUAAUUGUUCAUUUUCAAAAAUAAGUGACAAGUUCAUUGCUUGGUACUCAAACUCAAAAGUAACACUCUGGAACAGACAUACCUUGAAAGUUGAAGAGGUACUUCAUAUUGAUAAUCAAAGGGAUGGACUAGGAAUAUAUUACUUCGUAUGUACCUUUUAUGAUGACGCUUUUAUAUACUCUCAUGACCUACAGAUAAGCAUCAGAAAUCUUACCACUAAAAAGACCCGAGCUUAUUCAGUACCUUGUAUGGAAAACAACGUUUGGAUAGCUCGAUUGUAUGCUAUGAACGGAUUCCUGGUUGCAGCCAUUUUCAAAAAAGAAACGUUGGACACGGAUUUUUACAUUUGGAAAAUCACAUCGCAAGCUGAAGUUGAAUGGGAAAACUUAGAGAUUAUUCCUAACAUGCAGUUGAAGAGUUACGAAUUGUUUAUAGACCAUAGAUACAUGAUUGUACUCUACUUAUACCCAACAAGUGAAUGCGUCGUCCGGCACAUGUCUGAUUUCAGAAUCAAGGAAAAUAUUGAUAUGAUGUGUGAUUUUACUCAUGUUUCGCAUGCCAAUGGAUUCGUUUUUUUAACUACUGGAAAUGGCGAACUCUUGGCGGUGAACCUUGAUUCUGGUGUUCAAAAAGUUGUCGCAAGAAAACUAAAGGAUUUACCAACGGAUAGCUUGAGUUUCAGGCUUCAUUCAGGCCAUAUUGUCAUCGUAAUCAAACAAGUUAGCUACACAAAUGACUAUAUUAUGAAGAUAAAAGUUAAGAUUUGGAAUAUUAAAGCAAUUACUGAUCCCGAUUCCGACCCGACUCCCAUCUCUCAGCCACAGUUCUCCAUUGAAACAUCCCUAGAUAUUGGUACGGGUCCCAUGCUUGCAGUCGAAGCUAUCGAAGCUGAUUUGUUUGGUUUAUUGUUUAUGACUGCACGGCGCACCCUUGACUGGACUCACCUCUUUUUCCAGAAAUUAAAUUUUUUACCAACCUGCAAUUCCUGCAGACAGAUUAAGAAGCGUUUGCUCCGUUGCGGUCAGUGCAAGUCUGCCAAAUACUGCAGCAAAAUUUGCCAAACAGCUGACUGGAAUCACCACAAAGACUACUGUAAAAGAUACGGUCGCUACAAUUUCAAUGGUCUUAUCUAAAAGAAAAUCACCUCCCCUUUUAGCCAAAAUUUGAAAAUUCAUUGCUGCCUUUAAUCUAAGGCAUUUCUAAAUUCAUUGACGUUUUUAUUGAUAGAACUAACUAUUAUAAAUAUAUGAUAAAUUCUAUUAAUAUAAAUACAAAUUUCGCAAAUAUUGCAACACCUAA